AUGAGAUUAGUAUCCCAAGGAGAGUAUAACCAAGCAUUAAACGAAGCCUUUAACAGAAAUAACGGUACUAUUAAGACCCUGGGGAUUAUGGCAAUGAAAAUUUACUAUAAUUUUGUCAAAAUGCAUAUCGAUUCAUCAGCAGUUAGACCGUUUCAAAUAAAUCCUAAUGUUUCAAACGAUACGUUCCUGAAAUGGACCAGUUCAUUACUCCAACAGCAAUCACAACCGCAGAAUAAUUCCAUUGGGACACUACACAAAGAUAAAGGUGAUUUGGUUCGCUACUGA